CAAAGGUGGAAACUCUAAUGGCAGCAGCAGAGCAGUGCAGUAGAACUUGCGUCAGUGAGGGCUGAGAGGGAUGAGGCAUGUCCCACACUGGAGGUGAGCAGUAAAGGAAGGAACGAGCACUGAAGUGAGUGAGGGGCUUCAGGGCGCCGAGUGUGAGCAGGGGGCGCCAGUGAGCUCGGGAGAGAAAUGAUAUAAGGGACCUGCCCAGACAGGCGGUCUACGCAGGAGGAGAGCGGAUCGGCAGGAAGCUGAGCUCAGCACGAUACAAGUGCACGUGCCCUACGGCUGCGGGGAACACCAGGAUCAGGCAGAGUGAAGCAAACAACUGGAUUUUUGGGCGUCUGACAGGAGCUUGCCUGCACUGAAUAUUUGCCAGUGAGAAACCUGAUCUUGUAAAUAGAAUGUCGUGAAAAGAGUAAUGCAGGUACCAGGAUGAGUGUGCAGACAACAGCAACUAAAAAGAAUGUUUUUCAGAACCCUUUGUGUUUGGAUGAUAACAAUGGAAAUAAUUCUGAAAGUAAGAAUAUUGCCAGCUGCCCCAAAUAUGAAUGGAAUGUAAAUGUUAAUGGUCAGGGUCCUGGGGUGAACGACCAUUCCAUUUUGGACCAACAGAGUGACAAUGAGGCCCACAGACAUUAUUUAUUACAGAGCCCCAAUGCCUUGGAGCUGGACAGCACUUUGGACUAUAUAGGUAAUGCAGCCGAAUACUGUGACGCCUUUAAUCUAAAAUCUGAUAAGGGACGUAAAACUGUUAAUUCCAGCCUUUUGCUUGAAAAUACAGAGGAGGAAGAUGAAACGGUUGAUUAUAUUAACAAUAAACUCUGUAAUAAAAUGCAAGACAUUUUAUGCUCUCCCCCUGUACCAAUCCAAACUUUGGGAUCCAAUGAAAUCCAUAAGAGUCUUGGUGCGAUCACAGAUAAGGACAGUGCAUACAGCCAGAGUGCUGAGCAGUCUUUCUGUGUACAGGAAUCCACUGAUUAUUUGUGCAAAAUGGAGCCCAAAUGGACUGUUCAGGCAUGCCUUGGUGAUGCUGAAAAACUGUGUGGGAAUGAAACAAGUAAUCUGGCAGAUAUUGGCAACACCGAUAACAAAUAUGAACGCAAUUCAAGCUUUGGCAUUUUAGCUUUGUCGUUGGAUUUUACAGAUGAAAUGUGUAUGAGAAAGAAUAGUUUGGUUUCAAGUGGUUCCGAGAAGCCCCUCAGCGCUUCAAUACUGGAAGGUUCAAUAUUACCCAAUAGUUCAAUUGAUGUGUUUACAGGGUCUGUAGAGAAGAUGGACAAUAAUUCUGGUUUUUGUCAGGGUGCUGGACUUUCCUUAGGAGACCUGAAUUAUCUUGAAGUGCCUCAUCAAAAUAAUUCCAACGAGACUCCACAGAGUAAAAUCUUUCUAACUCCUGAGAACAGCGUAUUUACAAAUGAAACCAGUGAAGUGAUGCUAGAAGUGAAUGCUUGUAGGGUUACUGAUAAAGCUGAGGAAUCACCCCUUCCAAACCUUAGAUUAAGCAGAGAUGUUGAAAAAGAGGAUUCUGCUCCAGAGACAUCUCAGGAGGAAUUUGUUUCAGAUUCUGUCCCUGCGACGCCCCUGGAAGAACGUGUCUCAGAACGAAUUAACAAUAAAAACAGUAUUAAAAACAAAGAAAUUAAUGGCGAAGCACAUUCCUUAGAGUCCCCUGCUAGACCUGAUUCUUUCAGUUCAGAGUUAAAGGAUUUGUUGAGUAAUGGAUCAGGGCAAAACUCUGAAGAGACAUUUAUAAUUUGUAGCCCCCAUUCAGGAAUUGGGUCUAAAGCUUUCACCUCCACUCCAUUGCCUGAAUCUAAAAAUAUAACCUUCUCUGUCCCAGUGCUGGACAGUAUCACAGAGAACAAAAAGCUCCAGCAGAAUCUUGAAGCUGUUAAGGAUAACCUGGAAGGACAGAGAUGUGGCUCUGACGGCAAUACCGCAACAAAGACAACCAAUAAGAAACCUGCAGUAGUGUCUGUAGUUGGCAAAGCAAAGAAAAAUGAAGUUAUAAGCUUUCCUAAACCCAAUUUUAAAAAUGUCAAAGCAAAAGUGUUCACUAGACCGUCCUUACUAGUAAAGGACAAUAAUCCAUCUGCUUCUAAAACAUCACCUAGAUCACCUCCAUCAUGGUCUAAUACAUCUUCACCUGCCCAGUCUCCACGACCGUUGUCCUCUACUGUCAAAACUGUUCCAAAAAGGUCUGUGAUCGACCAAGAAGUUAAAUUAGAAGCAGCUAUUGCUAAAUCUCAAAAGCAACCAAUUACUAAGCAGCUCUUCCCUACCCGGGCUGCACAUGUCCCAACCCAUUCAAAACAUGCUUUAGGUAAGGUUCCCAGAGCUGCUGCUUUAAAGCACACUCAAGAUGAGACUGAGAAAGCGAGUUCUACAAAUUCAACACGCUCCUCUGCUGCUGCUGCCUUAACUUGCACGGCAAGCUCCAGAUUGACAGAAAAUAAGAGUGAAAAGACAAGAACUUCUGCAAAGCCCAGUGCACUAAAUGUGGAGCUUAUGGGGCCAGACAAAAUUAAGCAGAACGGAAUUAUUCACCCUCCAUUUGACAAAGCAGAAUCUCUUAAGGAAGCUAAGGGAGUUACUGUAUCUGGAGAUAUGGAUAUCUUGGCUAACAUAGUGCCUUUACCUACUAAGUUGGCAAUUCCAAGCAGCCGCAAUUUGCACAAGGAGUUUAUACUUGGUAUCAAGAAUGUAGCCUCUCAGCCUGCCAAGGGACGAGUACUGACCACUGUACAGAGGCGAGGAAGCCUGGGCAAAAACAUCCUGACCAUCCAAGUGUCCUCUCCUCCGAGAGAGAAGCAACAAGUGACAGUUGAGAGGGGAUUAACUUCUCCCAAGGGAAGGCCUAUUUCUGUAAAAGCUUCAGCAGUGAAUGGGACAGGAUCUUUACCUAGAACCAGACUACCCCGUAGAGGAACUGCGCUCCAGAGAACAGCUAGUGUCUCUUCUGUGUGCAGUACGCAGAGCGAGCAGAGCAAUUUGAGUACUAGGUCUACAACCACCACUAGCAGCAUAAAAACCGGGGAUAUUCCUACUGCAAAAUGUAUACGACCAAACUCUGCCUCUGGGGCCCUAACUGCAAAGUCUUCGAUUCCAAGGGGCAGAUCUCAGUCUCUCAAAGUCACACAGACAGUUACAGGAACUAAGAAAAGCCCUUCUGUUAUCCCAACUUUGCCAAGAUCAUCUGGGCCAUCAGUGUCUUUGACAAAGAAGCUAGAUGCAAAAUCACUUCAGAAUGAUUACUCUACCGCGCAUGUAUACCUGGACCAGAACGUAGAGAAGAUGACCCCCCUGCCCAAGUUCUCGGAUAAGAAACUAUAAUUGCUAGGGGUGGCUAACAUUUUGGCACCCCAGUAAGUCUAUCUUUCCUUCUUUAAAUAAGAUUUGUGUAAAGAUGCACAUACAAAGAGGCUUUUUGUAUAAUGCAGUUUCUGACCAUAGUGUACAUUACCCUGGUCUGUGCAUGUUUAGUUAAAUGAUGUGUUUUAUAAAUUAUAUGUAUUAUAAAUACAUGGUUGAUACGUUGCUUCACCUCACCACAAUCUGUAAUUGGCCUUGCCACCUACGUAAACUAUGAUUUCUAUUAGAAAUAUUGCUAUUUAUUUCUAGCCCUAUGAAAUGAUAGCCAGGUGCCUUAUGAUUUUAGAAGUAUAUCCAGAAUAUAAGAGCUCAUCCUGCAGACCAUUUCAUAUUUUGUUGUAAUUGUACAAGAGGCACUUUUACACCACUACUUACAGUGGCCAGAAUUGUUAAUUUCUUAUUGAUGAUUAUCAGCUUCCUAUAUUAGAGAGUUUUAUUGGUAAAGAGUAAGGAUGAAUGAAGCACAUGGACUACAAACAUAGAAAUGCAGGGUUUCAUCAAUGCCUUUAUUAUGUCACGAAGCUUUUGUAAAUGGAUCUUAUUGUACUCCCAAGCAUUUUAAGGUCAUGCUUCUAUGAACUUUGGAAAUGUCAUUGUGCAUCCUGAAACAAACCCACAACACUAGUAACUGACUAGUUUU